CCCUCUGUAGAUCACAGCUCCAAGACUUCCAGAAGCUGCUCCUCCCUGGAGAAGACCGCCCCUCUCCGACCGCCCAGCCAAAGUCGAGUCUGGCGCUCAGCUGAGGAUUCACUGCGGCUUCCCAGGGAAGGAGUUUCUGCGAGCUUCUGUACAUCAGGAUGGUGCAGGCCAAGAGCUGGACCCUGAAGAAGCACUUUGAAGGCUUCCCUACUGACAGUAACUUCGAGUUGAAGACUACUGAACUCCCACCCUUAAAAGAUGGAGAGGUCCUGCUGGAAGCCCUUUACCUCUCCGUGGAUCCUUACAUGAGAAUUGCAUCGAAAAGACUGAAGGAGGGUGAUAAGAUGAUGGGUGAGCAAGUGGCCAGAGUUGUGGAAAGUAAAAACCCAGCCUUCCCCACAGGAACCAUUGUAGUGGCGUUACUAGGCUGGACAUCACAUUCCAUUUCUGACGGGAAAGGACUGAGAAAACUGCCUGCAGGGUGGCCAGACAAGUUACCGCUGUCUUUGGCUUUGGGGACAGUUGGCAUGCCAGGCCUCACUGCCUACUUUGGCCUGCUUGACAUCUGUGGCGUGAAGGGUGGAGAAACAGUGAUGGUCAACGCAGCAGCAGGAGCAGUGGGCUCAGUCGUGGGCCAGAUAGCCAAGCUCAAGGGCUGCAAAGUUGUUGGUGCAGCAGGGUCCGAUGAAAAGGUUGCCUAUCUUAAGAAGCUCGGAUUCGAUGCUGCCUUUAACUACAAGACAGUAAAGUCUUUGGCAGAAGCUUUGAAAACGGCCUCUCCUGAUGGCUAUGAUUGCUAUUUUGACAAUGUAGGUGGAGAGUUUUCAAAUACCGUUAUAGCGCAGAUGAAGACCUUUGGGAGAAUUGCCAUCUGCGGAGCCAUCUCUCAGUACAACCGCACGGGUGCAUGUCCCCCAGGCCCACCCCCAGAAGUCGUUAUUUACCAGCAACUCCGCAUGGAGGGGUUCAUCGUUACGCGCUGGGAAGGAGAUGUCCGCCUGAAGGCUCUGACAGACUUGAUGAAUUGGGUCUCAGAGGGUAAAAUCCAGUAUCAUGAAUAUGUCCUUGAAGGAUUUGAAAAGAUGCCAGCAGCCUUCAUGGGAAUGUUGAGAGGAGAGAAUCUGGGGAAGGCAAUAGUGAAAGCAUGAAAAAAAAAUGGCACGUGCAUCAUCGCUGAGAAUCAGAUUUUUUCUUUUUAACAUUUGGUACAAAUGUGUACUGUCUUAUAUCAGAAAUAACUGCAAGGGGUUAGACCUAGCUAAUAAAAUGUAAGUGUGAUUUUCUUUUUAAAUGUGUGAUAGAGAAUAAAAAUCUGACAAACAGCAGGUUUGUUUCUGCCUGUGCCAGCUCCUCCAAGGUGACUGUAAGAAAUAAUGGCUUUGGUGUCAGUUCUAAUGUCUUUUCUCUUGCUGUAAUGAAAGCAAUUUAGAGGAGGGAAGGGUUUGCUUGCUUACACUUUCUGUCACGAUCAGUCACUGAGAGAAAUUAUGGGGAGGAACUUGUAGGCAGGCCUGUGUGGUGAUAAUCUAAUUGUACUGAAUUAUUAUUUUGAUUGUAUGUUAAUAAAUAAAGUUGUCUGGGAGUCAGA